AUGGCUACUGGUUUUACAGGUCAGACCGACCCCUGUCGGAGCUACAAGACACUACAGCAUGACAAACGAGUGUACACUUACGUCCUGUCUGAGACGGAACAGGCCGAGUGCGACCACUACCUGCCGGACGGAAACGAUUGGACAUAUGAUCACUUUGUGGCGUCAAGAACAGUGCGUGAAUAUGAUCGCAUCUUUACGACAAUCGACAGUCGUUCCAUCCCGACCCCCUCUGAGGGAAUAGUGAGCCGAACGGCCUUCCAGAGGGGGAUAAUCGGGUGCAACGAGACCCAACUCCAAGUGAGGGUGAAGAACUGUGGCGCCUUCAGAGUGUACUUCCUCAACAAGCUUAGCGGCUGCCCCGGGAAGUACUGUUUCGACUACGUUGAGAAAUGCCCCCCCAGGACAGAGCUCCCCAACGGGGUACCAGCCAUGCACACGUGA